AUGGAGGUUUCCCAACCCCGCUUUACGACAUUAAACCACAUUCAUUUCUCCAAUGAGAAUUCUCCAUCAGAAUCUGCUUCCUUUCAUUCUUUCACCCGCCUUCCGCUCGAACUCCGACUAAGGAUUUGGGAGCUGUCGCUGCCCUGCAGGCGGCGGCUCUUGACUCUGCACCUUGCUCACGAGGACGAAAGUGUGUCAGGGCUCGGCCAUGGCUACAACAUAUCAAUUGAGCAGCUACCUGACGCCAUUCCACAAUCCAAUGUGUGUGCUGAGUCUAGGCAGGCUGCCCAUCAAUGCUUUCGGCUCCCUCUGCGGGUCAACACUAAUGCCGACAAACCUUUGACGAUUUGGAUCAACCCUGAGCGUGAUUAUCUCUUCCUGCCCAGGUUGAAUGUAGAUAUCAGGACAUUUGCCAACUUCAUUAUCAAGCUCAAGGACUCAGAUCCCAAAGGGAAAGGCAUCCUCCACAUCGCUUUUGACAGCUUAUGCGGAACCUCAGUUCGAUCACUCAAAGCAUUAAGUACGGACCUUGGUAGUAAUAUUCCUCAAGAGACCAUCACUAUCCUUAGGGAGUGGGCCCUGGGACUACAAUCGCUCUGGUUCAUUCAUCUUCUAUCCUCCGAAUCUCGCCUCGAUGCUGGCCCAUCGUCCGGGACUAGGAACUAUACAAUUAAGGGUCUAAACCGCAGCAUCCCCAUUUUCCCACAUGCCGUUGAGUUUGAACUAUUCGACGAGGAUAUACGCCCCUAUCAGCCAAGUCUUCAGUCACAUACAGUUUAUUAUAGCCCUAAACCGGCUGUACAGGCCUGGGAAGCGAUGGAAGAUAAGCUAGGCAUCCGCAGCGAUACAGGGACACAGCCUGUCCGCCAAAUCUCCCACGUCCUCGCCGCGACAGCAAGACACGGCUACCAUCGCCGUGCUUCUGCCGAAGUCAGGUGUGCCAAAACCAUGGACGACUACUUGCAGCUCGAGCAGGAUCAAGCGGAGAAGUUCUUCAGCAACGGACCAGGUAGCUUAUUCCCUCAGUGGCGGGAGACUGAAGAGCAGAAGAGGACCCUCUUAUCCGCGGCCGGCUUCUGGAUAUUCCCGUACGGCACUUUUGAUACUCUAGAUAAGACACUAUCAGGCAAAGCAUGCCAAAAUUUAAGUGAUCAGCGGCCUGGACUGGGAUUGUUCAAACUCUAG